AUGACUUCUACUCAGCCUAAAACUGUUGUGGUGUUUGGCGCCACUGGCAUCCAAGGCGGCUCUGUCGCGAAAGCUCUGCUAAAAGAUCCUCGGACAUCUCGGCAGUUCAAAGUCAAAGCAGUAACCAGAGAUCCCAGCAAGCCAGCUGCGAAAGCACUCCUUGAGCAAGGGGCAGAAGUCGUCAAGGCUGAUCUCGAAGACAAAUUAUCACUCAAGUCAGUCUUGGCUGGCGCAUAUGCGGUGUUCCUAGUCACGAGCUUCUGGGAUAAAAUGGACGCGGCUUUGGAAGAACAGCAAGGGAAAAACGUUGCGGAUGUAGCUAAGGAAUCAAAUAUACAGCAUUUUGUUUGGAGCAGUCUUCCUUACGUCUCUCAAGUCUCUGGCCAAAAAUACACUGCAGCUGCUCAUUUCGAUCACAAGGCUGCAGUAGACGAUUAUCUCCGCGCUCUGUCUCUCCCAUAUACGGUUGUGAGGCUUGGCGUCUACAGCUCCGAGAUCAUCUCCAAUUUCAUUGCACCCAUGCCAGUCGACCCUCAUUCCUAUGGGCUCUUCUUUAGCGGUGGUGCUACUGAAAGCACUUUGCUACCGAUCAUUGAUCCAACUGCCGAUCUUGGAAAGUUUGUUAACGGUAUACUUCUUAAUCCAGAAAAGACGAUAGGUCACAGGUUCAACGUUGCUGAGAAGCUAUAUACUCUCGGACAAAUCACUCAGAUCCUACAACAGCAGGGAUUGAGAGUCAACUUGCAUCCGAUAGAUAUGCAGACAUUUAAAGCCGGUCUUGCUGCAAAGGGAUUGCCCGAGAGUUUUCAGACAACUAUGCAACAUGUCGUGGAGUAUAUAGUAGAGUAUGGCUACUUCCAUGGCGAGGAUAUUGACCAAGCCCUCGAAACCUCCACAUCUGGACAGGAGCCCGAGCAUGUCAAGCCCGGCUCUGAGUGCUAUCUUGGCUCAACAAGCUUCUCAGCAGUGCUAUCUGAACAUCAGAAGGAGAUMCCUGCCGAUGUCGAUGUUCCGUCUGGAACAGCAAUGGUUCUGACAGCAGCCGAGCCAGACCCAGAUCGCGCGCAAUCGGCUUUCCGGAUAUUGGCUUUAUUAUACAGCUUGAAAUUUUUCGAUUCUGUCACUAGUCGCCUCUACGCCAGCAAGUGGUACAAGACGCUGCCCCCUUAUAUCAUCGAUAAGACACUAUACGAAACGCGACGAGUGUACGACAGCUUUGAGUCUGCUCACGUCGAAAGCCGGAUCAGAGAUUUUGCACUUAAAAUAUUUCAGAACUCAUCCCGACCAAUGCCACGAGCUAAAUCUAUGACAGUUGAUGAGUACAUUGCUACUUUCACCGGGCGUAACACUCGCUGGGAAACCAUUGCCCUUAUUCUAGCCACAGCGGGCUGUGGCUUAUUUUCUGUUACGGAACAGGAUCCAGUGUUUACGGAAUUUAGGAUGACCGGUGACACCCAAAGUAAUGCCGAGUUGAAAGAAAAGCUAGUAUUACAAGUCUCAGAUGCAACCACCAAUUGCUUGAUGUUUUGCGACCAUGCUGCAUCCUCGAAUGAAAUCUUCGCUUAUGCACUGCACGCGGACGUGAUAAUGAAGACGCAGCAGUACGGUGAUUCCAGCUAUCAAGCAUGGCGUCGAUUGAGUGAUCUCGCAGCUGCUGUGUACGCCUCUGGGUUACACCAGGUGGACGGUCCUGCAGACGGAAACUGUCCAUUCUUUCUCAAACAGUUGAGGAGAAACUGCUUUGCUGCUGCAUUUUACACCGACAAAUGUGUUGCAACAUUUGUGGGACGGCCUCCCUUGAUCAAUUACCGAUAUUGCUCUCUCAUUCUUCCAUACGAUGUUGAUGAUGACGUGCUAUUUUCUGGUGGAGAUGUCGAACAAGAAGUCCUUUCAAGGGUUGAUGUGAACGGUUGGGAUAAGAAUGGCGUCCCGCGUCGUCCAGGUGUCAAUCGUAUUCGGCUGCAGCUGUCCAUCUGUCGUGAAGAGAUUCUCGAGCUCGCACUUGGUGAGGGCUAUCAGCGGGACAUGCCUCGUAAAGCGGAGCAGAUUUUGGAACGUGCGCAAAAGGCAUGGGGUCAGUGCCCGGCUCAUCUCCGAUAUGACUGUCUUUCGCCAGAGGAUCUCGCUCGCCCUUUACCCGACGGGUGCCAGAUGAUGUUUUUAAUAUACAUUGACUAUCUCCAUAGUCAGUUCCUGCUGCACCGGGCUGUGAUUAAGCACACCAAUGUAGGCCAUGUACCUUUGUUUGACACCGCCAGACAGUUGUUGACAACCGUUCUUCGGAUCUGUAACGAUCGAGAAGCCAAACUAGACCGAAGCAAACAGGUCUCUUGGGUUAUGCUUUAUUAUGGCCUUCCAAGUGCGUGCGUGCUUGCUUUUGAAAUUCUGCGUCAAAAUCAGAAGCCAGGACCCCACCCCGUCGUACUUCCACGAUCUGAAAUCAUUCGCAAUCUAAGUGUGUUUGUGUCGUGUCUUGCCUGGGUUGCGAGCCCAAGUCCUAGCCACGGAAACUAUGCAGCCUGCAAGGAAGUUGAAAAAAAGCUAUCACGGAUAUUGGAUCAAAUCUUGGAGCCCUUUCCAACAGUAACCCCCCAUGAGGAUCUCAGUUUUGUUGAAAAUGUGGCUUCGGGUUUCGAACCGUAUUUGGAUUGGAAUCAAUUCAACUCCUAUGAUUUCAAUUCCGAUUAUUUCUCAAUAUAA